AUGACAAAAUCAGGUGCAGCUGCUUCGUCGUUACCAAAAUGUAACUAUUUUGAACAGAUGUCCUUUCUUUAUGAAAGAGCACCUAUGAACUUCCCAACUGAAAGCAAUGUACGGAUACAGAGUAAAGGAAAUACAGAACAAACGUGUUCAAAGGAAAGCGUUGAUCAACCCCCUGAUGUAGAUUUGUUCACACCGCCACAAUCUCCUAUGAUUUUUAACAAAAUUACGGACAGUGGCAGAACUACUGUCACGGCAAAGCGGGAGAAAAGAAAACGUAGUGAGAAUGCAGAAGGAAAUAGAAUUUUGAAAGAGUUGGAUGCAAUAGAGAAAGAAUUAAAAGCUGAUGAUAAAGAGGAAUGUGAAGAUAGUCUUUUUUGCCGUAGCCUGGUGCCCACUUUAAGAAAAUUAUCUCCCAAAAAGAACAAAAUGGCAAAAAUUAAGAUUUCGCAGCUGUUGUUUGAAAUUGAGUUUGAUGAGGCAUGUGAAUAA